CAUGGUAGGGGUGGUCGGGUCGGACAACGUGGUGUAACCGCUCUCCCCACCACACGAGGAGUUGCUGCUCUCCGAGUAAGCCGACAUGGGGCGGAAUUUACCGUGUAGGUCGGUGAGGAUACCGGCCACCGCCAUCAUGUUCGCCCCCUCAAGCCUCAGCGUCUCCCGCACUUCCCUAUCCUCGCUCGACCCGUCGGGCUCCCCGGGGAGCAGGCCCACCGUGGCCGGCUGGCUGGUGGGGGCGACCGGGGUGGGUCUGUGCAGGACAGGCCCGCUGGAUAUCGAUACCAAACACUCGGCAGCGAAAUAAUCAGACGAGGCAGUCAACGACAUUGUUAUCUGUCUCGUUUAGCUGGCUGAGGAAAAAAAAAGAAAAAAAAAAUCCGCCAGGAGGGGCUAACGGUUGUCUGAUCCCGACCUCGUUUUCAUCAAACUCGACAACCCAACCGUUUCCAGCCGAGCCGUGUUACCGCCAUACAGUGUAUCAGCAGUUUGAAAAAGACUCAAAUCAAUACAAAAAAGGCACAAUUGAGAAUAAUAGUAUGCUAAAACCGUGCCAAUACCUCCGGCCCAACAUGCGUGCCCCUAACCGUCUGACGGUUCAUUGUGUCUGAGCCUCCGAGAAGCCGGUCAAACCUACGCCCCCUGGCCCGGACUAAAGAUGCGUUCAGGGCCUAUCAGUUAUAAUUUGUGUGGUGGUGUUUCUGUGUUUAGAAUUUAUAUAAAGGCCGCGCUAGUACUUUUAUUUUGUCACUACAGUUACGCCAAUAUCUAUUUGAAUAGACUCAUUAAAAUAUGACAUUAAGUUGUGUUCUUCAAGUGGAUUUAAUAUAAUACCUCUAACUCACACGUAUACUUGUUUUAUAUUUUUAUACUAAUAAAGCAUAAAUUUGCACAAUUAAUGUUACACACUACACUACUAGUAGCAUUACACUGCUUGAAAGUUAGGACGAAAGCGAGUUAACAGGGAUAUUUCAAAGGAAGAGCUUUAGUACAAUUUUUUGCAUGUAUUUGAACGCAGCUUCACCAGCAGCACGCAGUGGCUGACGUCGCAGCACGGGCGUGGACCGCGGCGGCGGGUGCAUCGUGGAAAGUAGGCAGCUUGGACACUAAUGAGUAGGUGAUUGCUUUCGGACGGAAACAAACCCCUGUGAUUCAACUUGUGCUGGAAUUCCUACCCCUGACUUGUCCUAUCAGAGCGGGGUGAGGUAUACUUAUAGGUAUAGCACGACAAUUACCACAACCCUUCAUGGCUCCAAUGCUGGGAGGAAUGGACUGGCUUUGGACUGUGUGGUUGAUAUCGACGUGGUUUCCAAGUGUCACCUAAUGAUGCAGAUUAGGAAUCCACAGAUAAAGCGACUUUCCCCUCAGAAGGAACACUCUGUGCAGCGUUUAAAAAGCUUGAGGGAGUCACUGGAGAGAACGCGCCUCAAGUUCUCUCUCCAGGCAGGAAAGGUCACGGCCCUGUGUCAUCAAGAAGGGGAGCAGGUGUGGGCCCUCAACAUUAAAAGGGCUCUACUGAGCAUGCUCCAGACCUCCCGCACUGCCUCCAAACAGGAAUUAGAAAAGGAGACGGAUGUGUACGGGACAUGUACCAGCAGGUAUGAGAGGCGAGGACCUGUGCUUCUCAAGAGCAGGGAUCUAAAACAGUGCCAGCAGUCCAGGCUGGCAAGCUUCUGGCCCCAUUCAGUAUCUUUAGCUGAAGAUACAUCAGUACAGUCAGAGCUGCACUGUGUUCAGAGGCAUGGAUCUACAGUGAUGGAAGAGGUCAACUGCAGUGAAGCCAUUUCUGUGGCAACAUGGUCCAGGACUGCAGGUCUGGUGAAGACCCAAACAGUGUCUACCCUGCUCCUGCUUAGAGCCCAGCCAGGGAUUCCUUCAGGCGCAGAUUCCUUAGGUCUUGGUGUGCUAAGAGACCUGCAGUUUGAGGACGAGGGGGCUGCAAGGCCAGGAAAAGCCACAGCAUCAACGCCUCAGCAAGCCAGUCAAACUGUCAGGAUGUUAUGUAGCCUCACCUCAGACCCAGAACUGGUUUCACGAGAGUUCCUUCAACUGGCUUUCCAGCUGAGAGAUCUGACUCGGUCUCAACUCAAGAUACUUUGGCAAGAAGCAUCUUUCAAGUGCCGCAAUGACUGGCAGCCUUUGUUGGAUGCAUUACCAGCCUGUGGAUCUGAAAACUGUAUCGUACUACUGACUGACUUAAUGAGGAACAAAGAGGUGGAGGAGGAGCAGGCUCACGCUUUUCUCACCACCAUUGCCCUCAUCCCUUAUCCUUCGCCACAGAUCAUUGACUCCAUCAAUGUCUUACUGGAGGUCCCAGAGAUGUGGUCCAAGGCGUUGUUAGCUGGAUCAUCUUUGGUCUAUCAGAUGUGUCAAAGGUCUCAAGCCUCCUGCAGUAAAUUUCCUCAGAUACAGACCUUCCUACAGAUUCUUGAGGAAACCCUGAAAGAGGGCUGCAAAGGAGAACAUCCCACUCAGAGAGACACACUUUUUUAUGCACUGAAAGCAGUGGGAAACACUGGUCUGUCUGCUCCAGCCUUCAUUCCUCUGCUAAACCGCAUCAUGCUUGGCCACUCAAAUGCACUGGAGCUGAGACUCGUUGCCACCCAAUCCUUCAGACGCUUUCCCUGCUCGGCUGAUAGAUCUGUGCUGUUGCAGCUGUACCGCUCCUCCCAGGAGGAUCCUGAGGUCAGAAUCGCUGCAUACCAACAACUCAUGCGCUGCCCCGAUCAGGAGGUGUUUGAAGUGGUGAAGACAGCGCUUAGGAAUGAGACCUCCGGCCAAGUGGGCUCAUAUGUGUGGAGUCACCUCACUAAUGUACUGAGGAGCGAGGACCCCAUGAAGCAGGCCCUAAUCGAGUCACUGCCUGAUGACAUUAUCAGCAGAGACUUUGAAGCUGAGUUUUUGAAAUACUCCUCCUUUUCAGACCACACUGUUUCAUCAGGCAUGGGAAUUACAAAUGUGGAAACAUCUUUAGUUUUCUCUCCCAAAUCAUUUCUGCCGAGAUCUGCCACUGCCAACCUCACAGUGUAUUUUCAUGGUAGAGCCCACAACCUUCUGGAUGUGGACCUUCACGUUGAAGAUGCUGAACCACUUUUGAAGAACAUUUUCGGUCACCAUACCCACGACUCUGAUGGAGAGUCUGUGACUCAAGGCCAAAAACAUACGCAGUCCAAAGAGGCGAGGAGGACUAGAAGAAAAACAGAUGAUGGACAUAGAGGAGAAAAAGAAAGGUGUUUAUCCAGCACCAAUAGUUAUCUGGACCAGGCCAGGGCCAUGUUGUUUGGAAGGAGAAGCAUAGAGGAGAACAGGCCCAAGUGUUGGGUUGGUGUGAAGGUGUUUGGCAAUGAGCUCAGUGUGUUUACAUGUGAAGAUCUCUACAAUCAAAUUAACCAGCUGUCGCUGAGCGUGGCAGGACUGGGUGUCAAACUGCUCAAGGGUCAUGAGGUCCAGCUGAACCACAGGGCCGUGCUGAUGACAGAGGAGCUUGUUUUACCAUCUCUGUCUGGUUUGCCUGUCAAACUGGGCAUCAACAUGACCUCCCUCCUUUCAUUACGCUUGAAGGGCAACGUAAACUACAGGGACACUUCUCACUUCUCCCUGACUGGAUACAUCAAACCCAGUGCCUACGUGGGGCUUUCUGCCAGGAUGGGGAUUGAUAGUGCUUUGGGUCAGGCUGCAGUGAACUGGGUCUCUGAGCUGAGGAGCUCCACCAGUCUGGAUGGCAGUGUUCAGCUGCAGGAGGGGCGUGAUAUCAGAGUCACACUUAACACACCAGAGGACGUAAUGGAUAUUAUCUCUCUCAGCUCCAGAGUGUUUCAUCACAGUGGAGACCACAGAGAGGAGAUAAAGGGGCCAAAGAUUCGAGUCCAGAGAGCCACCUGCACACCAAAGACAUGGUCCAAGAUGGUCGGCUGGCAGCUGUGCUCCAAUGCCUCUUACCCAUUACCUGCCACAGGUAUUAUUUCACUUCCCCCUCCAGGACCAGUCCACCUCUCCCUCAGGCUGCUGAAGCUGGACAGAGGCCUCCACUACUACCUGCUGGAGGCUGCCUACUCACUGCUCCCUCAGAGAGACACAUGGCUGCCCAGAGAGGCCUCCAUCCACCUCCUCCUGGCCACACCUCAGUCUUCCAUCCCCAGGGACAUGUCUCUGGACCUGACCUUCAACCCUCAUAGACUGCUGCUUAGGCUCAGCCAUCCUCUGAAAACUAUCCGCAUACAAGGGCAACUUGAACAAGAGAGGAAUAUGAAGUCAGGAAAGCUGGAGCUUUUGAUUGAUGAUGUUAAUUAUUAUAUCACGGGUUUGGUCGACACUCAGACCCUCCUGUCAGAGCAGAGAACACGCUAUCACCUUGAAGCCAAAAUGGCUACUGAUAGACAGCCCAUGAUCCUCUCUGCUAAUGUUACUCGUGGACUGGGGAGGAAGACCAGCUUCUCUGCCACUGUGAAGAAUGUGUUCAGAGAAACUGCAUCGCUGUCAGUGGCCCUAGAGCGCAGGCGGGAUGGCAGCAGCAGGCAGUACUCUGUGGAGGCGGAGCUCCUGUUACCCGGUGUGGUUGGCACCAGAAUGCUGGGACUGAUGGAGCAGAAGGGCUCACUGUGGAGCUCCGCGCUCAGGCUCAAAUAUGGUCUGGGAGGUGAUGCCCGGCACCUGCGUCAGGAGUGCCACACGUCUCAGAGACUAAGGAGUGAGAGGCACUCAAACCUCACAUACAUCAUGAGAGCAGAUCAUGAAUUCUACUGCUCCAACACCGCUCCCAUCAACCACAAGAUCCACCUCAGGCACGAGGAAAGCCACAGCCACAUUAAAUCAUCCCUGGACAUUAGCUACGGCAAACACUGGGAUGAGAUCAACAACAAACGCACGCUUCUUCUGAGCCAGUCCUUCAAAAACCAAUCUACACAAAACCAUACCAGCUACACAGUGGAGUUCAGUCUCCAGGUGCCAGAGAAGAAUUUAAACUACAGGACUCAGCUUCUGCACUCUCACCUGAGACAGCUCGGGUCAGAGAGCAGCACUCACCUCAAAAUCAACUACAACAACAUGAUGCCACUGGUGGCUGGAUUACAAUGGAAAAGCCCUCCCAAAGACGCCCUGCUGAAAAAAUGGGAAGGAACAUUUAACAUGGACACACCGUGGCUGUACAUCUACACUGCCCACAAAUUAAGCCAGCACCAGCGCCACACGCUCCAGCUCACCUCAGAGCUGACAGCCAGCAAGUGGCUGACCAUCCGUAACCUCCUCCUGGAGGGUUUGUACAAGGAUAGGGGCAGAGAGAAGGAGGCUCGUCUGAAACUUUACACACCAGCUGUCACCUACAUCCAAGCAGAAGGGUGUGGCAUGGUGGGGAAGCGAAGUGUGAAGGCUUCCUCCUCCUUGAGCUCAUUGUGGACUCCACCCUUGAGUGGAGACGUCUCUCUGGAGGCCUCUAAAUUCAGCCACACCCUGCAGAUGGCCUUUACCUAUGGCAAGCACAAUGUCAGCCUUGCAGCUGCUCUGAACACUGUGGAUAAGGAGUUGAAAAAGAGGCAAGUGAUACUGACGAUGACCUUCUCAAAGCCGAAGAGUCCAUCCACAGAACUGGAGUUCGAGGGGGUUAUAGAGGAGCUGAGGAGGGACAAGAGGAUGUAUCAGAAAACAGCAAUGCUCCAGCUCAGACAGCCGUUCCAGAGCUUUCCUCAGACUCUUCUCCUGCGGGAGACUUUCACCAUCGACCUUCUCAAAGGCCUUUAUUUCAUGGAGUCAAAAGUCAGUUUCCAUGACAACAGAGAGGUCAUCCACACCCUCACCCUCGGCUACCAACCACCGAGCCCAUUUGUUUGUUCUGCACUGAUUCAUCCUUUCAGCUCUGACACUGUUCCCUCAGACUCAGAAAUCUGUGUGACCAUAACCAGCAACCAGACCCAGAAAGGUAUACAAGGGAGGUUGCGUGUUGGAACAAAGGAGACGCUGACUUUCUUUGGACAAGUUCAGUUGAACCCUUUGCACUUACGUCACAAAACGUUGAAAGUUAGAGCCAACUUCACCCAUCAGCUCCAGCUGCAGCUGCCCUCCUCUGCUAUAAUGGAGGGAAAUGUAUGUUGGAACCCCAAAAACAACACUGACUUUGAUUAUCAGGCCAGAGGGAAACUGAGAGUAGAGCGACACGAGUGCCAAUUUUCUGUGCAGCUCAAUGGAACGUCUGACAUAGUUGGUCUUUAUUCUUCUCUCAGUCAUCCCUUUAAAUCAAAGAUCCCAAAAAAAUUAGAGGUGAAGGCCACUGCAGACAUUUCUAUAGUGGCUGGUAGAGGAAGUAGCUCAGUACAUGUGAGGGCUGAUGGGAAGGACAGAGUGAAGCUGGAUGCCCAGAUGUCCCACUCCCUCCAGAGAGGGGACAGAGCCGUGGCACUGAGGGUGAACUUAUCACAGAUCCUGCUGCAUUCUGCCAAUGACCUGGAUGUAAACAUGGCCGCCAACAUGUCCUCAGACAGUGUGUCUCUACAUGGCUCCUAUACACAGGGACAUGAGGCUCUGCUGGCCCAGGUUAAAGGGUCUCUAAAAAAAACCCAGGGUCUCCAGCUGGCUGUGUCCGGGGACCUGAGGCACUCCGUUGCCAAUCUUGCUAUUUUGCCUCCAGUCCUGCGUUUGGAUGGUGUACUGGGACAGUCUGACACCCUCAUUGAAGGACAGCUGAGAGUUAGAGUGAUGGAGAUCUUGUACAGUGUGGAGCUGAGACAUCAAAAGGCCCCUGGAGAUUCUUUGGACAGAGAAGAUGAAGAGACCACGAUGGGGAAGAAAUUUCACGUGGCCCGUGAUUGGGUAUGUGUUUCGUUGGGGGCAGAGCAUUUGUGUGUGAAUGUAAGCCGUCGACUGGGGGAUCGGGGUACAGGUGAGGUCUACACCCGGCUCUCUAACUCCUUCCAUCUGCUCAAUGCCACAGGUGUACCUGCCAGCAGUAGUGCCCAGGUGAGGUGGGCCCAGGAUGGCAGUCGACUGUCAGUCCUGGCAGAGCUGCAGGCUGGACCUGAACAUCUAAAAGCUGAGUUUAGUGGAGGCAAGACUGACCAGGUUAUUCCACGAUGGGAGUAUUUCUGCAGGCUACAGCAUCAAGUCAAAGCCCUGCUGAAAAGAGGCAUAUUAAGCUCUGUACAAGCCAAAGCACAUUACCAGCUAGAAACCGAAAGGCUGGACACAGGCUUGGUCCUUCACAUGGAAGACCAGAGAAUGAUUGACAUCAUUUUUGAUAUUGGCUCAAGAAACAGCACAGCUAUAUUGGUAGUGUCUCUAUGGCAACAAUUAACGCUGCUCCAGGGACUCAUACCCACCUCUUUUCAGAUGAACUGCACAGGGGACGCCACCGCAGACCGGCUCUCAGCCCAGUGCUAUGGAAAUGUGGCAGGUCACCCUGUGGAGACUCUCAUGCCUUCACAUACUUCAGCCAACAUCUCCAUCACUCACUCUGGCUGCUCCUCAAAUCUCAGUACCGUUCUCCAGGUUGAGGGGGUACAGAAAGGCAGCCUUGGUCUGCACUUAACUUGUCACCCCCACCUUAGCCUGAAAGCAUCUGUACAACACUCUGUAGAUGCAAUAGAGAUGCUUGGAUUUCCUACCCAUGGGGCAUUAAUCCUGAAUGUUUUAACUGCACAUCUGCCUGGUGUGGAGUUUGGCCUGGAGAUGGGGCGUUGCUAUUUCAGGAGUAAUUUGGGGAAAACCAAGGCUUCACAGGCAGAAAAAGAACAGUCUUCCUACGCUUUAAAUGUGACAAACUACUGUCCUGCUCUACAGGGAACAGUCCUCCCAGUGUCCGUGGCUGUUCAGGGCCUUCUGUCAGUCGUCCCCUGCCACUUUACUAUGACCUCCUCUCUGAGGGCAGAUAACCAGGACCUCUCCGUAGAGCUGAGUCAGUCCUGCAGGCCUCUACAUAUCUCUGGGACCCUGACACACUCCAUCCUUGAGCUGAGGACCCAAGGCGUGCCCCAGAUGAUCACCAUAGAGGCCACUGCUCCUAGAGGCCCUGAGCAGGCUGGGGCCUUGUUAAUUAAAGCUGGGACAUGUUCCAUUAGAGCCAAUAGAGUCACAGGGCCCAAAGGAAGGACACAAUGGCUCUGGGCUCUGGAGUCAAAGUGCCCAGUGUUACAGGCUAAUUUGAAUGGUUCAGUGUGGUGGGACCCUCAGGGUAUCUGGACAGCCACGGUGGACGUCAGUCUGGAGGGCAAUCGGGGUUUCUUGUGGCUGAAUGCAAGGGCCUGGCCAGAUCUGAAUGUGGAGGGUGACCUCACUCACAACCUUCCUGCCUUCAAAAAUGUACCGCAGCACAGCAGACUGAGAGUAACCGGUAGGGCCGGAAAACAUCAAUAUGACACCGAAGCCCUCGUUCAGAUGGAGGAGUGUACUGUCAGAGCCAGCGGAGUUGUGAUGUCACAGCCAGGCCUGCAAGGCACGCUGGUGUAUCACAAUAACUGCACAGUGAUUCAGGAGUGGGGUAGUCCAGACAGAAUGCAGUCCUCCGGAUUGUUGGUUGUGUCCCCAACUCUUGCCGAAUCCCAGGUCUCCAUUGCAAUAGAUGAUACCGAGUUACAGGCGUCAGUUGCUCUUAAGAAAACUACGGAUAAAAAUGAAGCAAUGCUUAGUCUAAACCACUCUGUGCCUUUGUUGAAGAAGCUGGGUCUUCCUGCUAAUGCUGCAGUAACAAUGAAUUCUGGGAGUCAUAGAAAUGGCUCAUACUAUUACCUGUUACACAGCAGUGCAGGAAAUCAAAAGAUAACUCAAGAGAUGGCAGUGUCAAAGAUGUCUGAAUCAGUCAAAAUGAAGAGUCAUUUUAGACACACAGUCAACUAUCUGAAAAAACUGGGAGUCCCUGCAAACAACAGCAUCCAGGUAGAGAUUGGCUCUGCUGAGGGUAAGGCCUUGACCUUACAGUCACAGAUUGGAGGUCAGCAGGCGGGAAUGAGACUUAAGAUGAAAUGUCUCACAAUGACAAAAGAGAUAAGAGCAACCAUGUGGCACAGCUGGUCAUGGCUACAGGACAGAGGACUUCCACUUAAUAUAGAGGGCCUGUGUUCCAUCCAAGGAGUAUUUUCUCAUCUUCAGUCCAGGGUUCAGCUCACUGUGGACCGACACAAGCUGCUCGCCUCUGGCUUGAAUGUCAGUGUGGCUGAUGGGCGUCUGGCCUUGCUGCUCUCCCACUCUCCACCAGCUUCUAAUCAAACAGGGACGCAGCCCAGACAUGUCACUACCCUGUCUGCUCAGUUUAAAGGUCCUCUGCGGAGCGCCUCAGUGGACAUUCACUGUCACGACUGGAGAGUCCAAGUGAUGGGGGACAUAGGAGGCUGGGGGGCACAUGGAGGGUCCAAGGAGGCCAGAGUCACACUAAAAAACACCAUACAGGGACAGACUAGCCCUGCCUUACAGGUGGAGGCCUGGGGAAGACUUACUGAGUCCCAGCUGAGAUGCUCCAUAGCUGUGAACCCUGAACUCAGCUCCUCGCUGGCGCUCAUCAUCCAGGGACACCAUCUGCCUCAUAGCAAGGACCUGAUGGUGAAGGUGGUCCAGAAUAUUCCCAGGAUGUUGGUUUACCUGCCUUCUCAGCUCAAUGUCCGCUCCCAGCUCAACCAGUCUCAGUCUAGCGUGGCCAGUCUAGUGGAGGUGUUAUCCGGCAGGAGGAGGCUGUGGGCUCUGGGGGGACUGUCAGUUAUAGAGAGUGGAUACAGACAGACUCUAGAGCUCAAACACUCAUACCCACAGUUGAAGCCGCUCCCCAGGACUGUCACAGUGAGGACGAUGUAUGAGGCCAGGCACUGGAGCUACCAGGUCCAACAUAGAGCUGUGUGGGGCAAUCAGGAGUUCAGCUUGUCUGGUCUCUACUCCACACCUCCAGCACUGGAGAUGGGGAACCAGACCCUGAAGGUUCAGAUCAACUGCAUUCCCCGUUUGUCUAGUUUUGAGGUGACACUAGAGCGUUCCUUACAGCACCGACUUGACACUGUUUUACUGGGCUGGACAAGGCAUGGCCGACUGGAGCAGGUCCGAGCUCUGAGCUUGUGGAGUCGAUCAGAGGAGGUGAAUGAGACCAAAUUGGAGCUGAAGCAGCCCUUCUCCUCCAUGCUCAGCCAGACGUCCCUUCACACAGUGUCACACAGCUCAGAGAGGGAACAACGCAGUAGCCACCAAACCCAUCUGUCAUUGGACAGUGCAGCCCCUGUCAACGUCUCCCUCACCCUGAACAGACAUUGGAAGAAUGGCUCCAGCAGGGGGCAGGCAUGUGCUCUGUUCUCAACACAACAGAUGGUAGUGUCUUCUGUUAAAGGUUGUGUGUCAGUGGGUCAGGAUGGAAACACAUAUUCACAACAUGCAGAGCUAAGAUGGGACAACAGGAGCAUCAGCCAAGGCAUGAAGUACCAGAAGGGUCCACGUGGAAUGCACAGCCUUCAGGUUAAUGUUGGCCUGGACAAAGUGUCUCCUGCACCCUGUCCUUCACACACACUGCUGACUAAAAUUCAGACCAACCUCAGGGACCGCUUGGAGCACACAGUGCUGCUGGGCCUCUGCCCCCCUCAACCUACUCUGUCGUGGUCAGGAUCCCAUAGAGUUAACUCAGGGGAGGAGUUGUUUUACACACAGUCUUGCCUGUCGGUGACAGGACGGCCCCACCAAUGCAGCCUUACCUUUGCCCUGACCAACUCCUCUACUGCUCAGGGCACCAACAUGUCUCUGUUCUCUGAGUCUAGGAUGGGAAAUUGGAGUGUGGAGGUGGGGGGCAGUGCCCUGUCUUGGCCCCGGGGGUCUGGCCUUCAGGUGCAGGCCAUACUGGACCGCAGGGAGAAGAUCUGGCUGAACGGGAUGGCAGAGGGACGAUGUCUUCAGAUCACAGCAGGUCAAAUGAGCGGUCCAGGUCUGAACGAGGACAUCGCAAUAGUGGCAUGUGUGGGAACAAAUCACACUUUGAUGCUGGAUGUGCAGAAAAGAGACGGCAGAAGCAAGCCUGAAACUCUAGGCAGCGUGUCAGUGGGAUCUGCCAAUCAGAGGCUGAUUCUGAGAGCAAAUGGCUGUUUGGAAAGUCUAACUGCAGUCGAGGCACGUAUUCAAUAUUUAUGCUCUCAAUUUCGGAAUAAGCUGUGGGAGAGAAUCAAGACAUUUCCGCAUCUCCUUGUUGAAUUCAAACGACAGUCCAGAGACAGUGAGUUGCUCCAGGAGCUGAGCUUUGUGCCCCUUCAUGUUUCCCAGCGAGUGGAGGCUCUGCUGGGGCACAGAGACAGGGGUUUGUUGGCGCUGUGGCAGAACAGCCCCCUGCGUCGCAUUGUGACAGACAGCCUGCCUCGCUUUCUUGGCCUGCUGCAGCACGCCUCCCUGCUGGGACAACAGGAAAUGAGGAGGCCCCUUGCUACUCUGGCAGGUGUGUACCAGGAUGUGAAGGGCCAGAGGCCAGAGGCGUUGUGGAGGGAGGCUGUUUCAUUGUGGACUGACGGGCUGGUGGAGGUUCUACCUGUGCUGUUGGAUAAUCCUCAGCUGAGGCCGCUGGUUCAGGCCAGUGUCACCACACUCAGCGUCGCCCUGGAAGUGGCAGGUCAGCAUACCUACCACUGGGUGGAGACCAGGUUGGCAAUGGCUCUGUCUGGAGUCAGGAAACAACUGGCCUCUGUCUACAAAUUCUCCCCCAGUGAGUGCUCAGUGAUUGCGUCAGUGCCGCUGCCACUGCUUCACUGGUCCAGGGUGUCCGAGGCUGGACUGGUGGAGAUCCUUCUGGAGGAGUGGCUCCUGAGGCCCCUGCAAACCCUCGUCUCCGUUAGACCCAUAGCUGAGCUCUACCACCUCAAAAGGAAGAUCAUGGACAGCCCAUUUAUACACCAAGCUCUGCUGGUGGCGGAUCAGUUUGUAGUGACAUUUGACGGUCACCUGUAUGAGCUCCCGAGCUCCUGUCCGCUGCUGCUUGCUCAAGACAUCAGCGCUGACCCGUUAUUCACGUUGGUGCUCAGGUCUGACUCACACAACCUCCUUCUAAUAGGAAUGAAUAACAACACCAUCAACAUUCAGCACAAUGGACAGGUGAAGGCCAGCUGCAACAACGCUGUAACGCACACGUUUCAAACUGACUAUGGAGUGGCUGUCAGAAGCGCGUCAAACAUUGUGCAGGUGUCCAAUCAGAAUGGAGCGUCAGUUUCAUGUGACCUGUUGCUUGAGGUGUGCAGUUUCGCUCUUGAUGGAUGGUUGCAUGGCACGUCCACUGGUCUGUUAGGGACUAAUGACAAUGAGGCAGGGAAUGAUUUUCCUUUGCCUGACGGAUCUCAAGCUGAAAACCUGAACAGUUUCUUCUACAGUUGGCAGGUAGGACAAAUGAAACCGGACUGUAUUAAACCGCCAGGUGUAACAGAGCACUCUCCUAAACCAGCCUCAAGCCCUGUGAGCUGCCACUUUAUGUUCUCGUCUCCCGAUUCUCCGCUGAGUUCUUGUUUCAGGGUGGUGGAUCCCGGUCAGUUCUUGUCGGUGUGUGAGUUGAGCUCCUCCAGAGCCCCCUGCAGAUUGACAUCUGCUUUUGUUCAUCUAUGCCAGCAGAACUACAUACCUCUGGAGGUCCCCGUUCAGUGCUUAAAAGUAUAAAGGAAGGACAAGUUAAGGAAGAGCAAAGAUGGGCGAUUUUUGACACUUUUAUACCACUGUUUGUGCUACAUUACUAAUAUACUUAUGUUUUGUAAAAUACAGUACUACAUUGUAUAGUUACACAUUAUUAUACAACCUGUAAUGUACAUUUUAUUCCUGUUUAGACAUGCAGAUAUUGUGCCAGUAAUGUGAAUGUGAACAUACUAACUAUAGCGAGUAGAGGCCUCAUUUUUGAAUUUUACUGUAUAUUUGACUGACUUUAGUGCAACCACAUUAACUAAUCCUCACAACCAAACAUAGAUCAUAAAGAAAUCAACAUAUUUUUA